ACAACUCCCACUGAGAGAGCAGAGAGCUACUUAUAGCCAAAUCAGAUCAAACUGGCAGUCAGUUGCUUCCCACCAUCGCAAAAUGCAUCUCCUCACUCUCAUCUUUGGGAUUGUGCUCCUCCCAAAAGCCACCACUCUGAAAUGUUAUGAGUGUUUAACUCCCGGAGCCUGCACAAACACAGAGACUGACUGCCCUUCUCAGUGUGGUGCGAUGAGAAUUGCAGCAUAUGCAGGUGGAUCAAAAGUGUCUGAUAUUGAGGUGAAAACUUGUGCUGUGGCUGAACAGUGUUUUGACGCUUCUAUCAACUUUGGAAUUGCCAAAACCAUACUUACGACCAAGUGCUGCAGCUCCAAUCUCUGCAACAACCAACCUGCCCCUGAGAUCCCCAAAACCACUCCCAAUGGUAAAAAGUGCUAUUUCUGCAAUGGACAAUCAUGCACUGCAACUCUAAACUGCGAGGGUAAUGAGGACCACUGCAUCACAGGAACAGUGACUACAGGGGGAACAAAGACAGUCAUGAAGGGCUGUGCCACCAAGCAAGUCUGCUCAAGUGAGGUUAAUGCGCAGCUUAUGGGGGCCGUUGGAGGAGAACUUAGCUGCUGUCAGGGGAACUACUGCAACAGCGCUAUCAGCACCCGUGCUGGCCUCCUGCUCCUGGUGGUGCCGCUGAUCUCUUUGCUCAUGUUCUCUUAACUGGUGGAAACAACAACGUCAGUUUCCUUCCUUUUCCUCAUCGACAAAUGCCUUCAUAGUGCUCACACCCAUUCCUUUUCCGUUUAAGUGAUGCAUGAGAAAGUAAUUAGCUUAGCAGAGAAAGAUUUUAUUGAUUAAGGUUCCUCCUUUUCUCAUACUUAUAUGAGAAAAGGAGGAACUACUACUAGUUUCUAACUUGCUUGUCUCCAAAUAUAAUAGUAACUGUCUUACACAGAAAAAUGUCUGUUUUUUCUGAAGUGAAACUAGAAUAAUUUAAAAACAUGUGGAUACACGUUUUGCUCUGUGUUCUAUUUCUAUGCUGAAACAUAUUUGUAGUAGGAAUUAUUGGAAAUAUUUCGGUGUUAUUGAUAAAAAUAAAAAUGAUUUUUUAUUAAAACUCUG